AUGAAGAAGCAUACCUCAAUGGACCCUAAUUAUCAAAAAACACACUACUUCCUAGAUACGACUCAAUUCAAGAGAAGACGAAUCGCAAAUCCUUUAUUUGGCGUAGAAGAUUUGAACACCCAUGACUGCGUCUUUACCAAACUCUCUGAGGAAACAGACGAUGAUGUGAAGCAUCGCUUCCACCUUUAUGAAAAAGUAUGGUCACACCAAAAGAGUAAAAUUGAGCAGAUUUUAGGAAGCGCGAACAAUGAGCUCUUUGAGGAUUUGAUACACUACAUCCAUACUCCACUCUCGCUGAAACUAGAUAUCGCGUUCUUGAGUCUAAGCACAAAUACUGCCAAUAACCUACGUAUCCUUGACGAAUUCUCCUCAAAUGUAGUAAAAAAUACACAAGCUGAUAACACACAUAUACGAAUAGUGCGCUUGAGUUCCAAGGUUUGCUUCAAUGGAAAGGCUGCCAUCAAGGAGGUUGUCAAACAGGUGUUGGAGGAUCCUAAGGACCACGGCCAGACUCUGCAAAACGGGAACGCUGGAGAUUACAAUCUAGACCAAGACGAUGAAGAUGAUGCUACGGUUAAAGAGGCGGCAAAUGAUGAGGCAGAUGAGCUUGAUAAUCCAAGCGAUGGGGAUGGUGACGAUGGCGACGAUGGCGACGAUGGAGCAUCCGGCAAAAUCUCAUACGAUUUCGAAAUAGUCGAGGAUUGGGUUCAAAACUAUAUCAAGAAGCACAAAUGCGAGGAUUCGUUCCGUAUAGUUGUGAUUUUUGAUGAUGCUGAUUCGUUCCAAAACGAAAUAUUGAAUCUGCUUCUCCAGCUCUUCUGCGUUUACCGAUUGAAGUGUCCAAUGAAAAUCGUCAUGGGCCUUAUUUCCAAGAAUGCCUCUAGCUGGAUCAACAACAAUGUGACAAGCAAACUUCGUAAUCUUCUUCUGGGGGUGAGAUUGGAGGCUAAGGACAAUAAAAAUAUUGGGUUUCGUGUCAUCAAUGAGAUUUUGCUUCAAAACACCAUCACGCAACAAAAUCCGCUCUUAGUCAGUGCACACCUUUCCCUGAUUAUUCUCAAUCGCUUCGAGAAUACAAAUAACUCCAUUGAUAGUUUGAUUACCGAGUUGAAACUUUCCUAUAUGACUUACUUCUAUCAACUGCAUCUAUCCACUCUAUUAGAUCCCGAAUUUGUGGCCAAGCCCUAUCAUUACGAUGGUCUCAGAAAACUAUCAUCAUUUAAAACACAUGUGGAGUACUUCCUUCACGAGUUCAUCAAAACUAGCGAUGAUAAACACAAGACCUACUUAUGCAAUUUACUCGAGGAUGACUCAAAGUUAAGCAAUUUAUUCAGAGAUGCCAGGAUGAAGUUCCAACAAUACCAGAAUACUGUGAUGAACGCUGUGAAUGUUGUAUACUGGUUAUGCGACCAUAGAAAAGAAAAAUUCGAGGUAUACAAACUCAUCACGAAUAAUCAGCUCAUCAAUUCUCCUUUCUUGACAGAUUUGCUUAAAACCGUCAAAUCCUUCGAUGAGAAGAAAAGCAGCGACUUUGUGGAUUUUCUAUCUAGCGACAACAUUCACCCAGAUCUUGAAGAAUGUUCUGACCCGGAUGUCAAAAACCUCAAAAAUUCUAUUGCAAAGGAUUCGAAUAGACUUUUGGACAGUUUAACCGACUAUUUUCAUCAAAACCACAGCCUCAAUAUGAAGAUCAGUGAUAACCUCUUCCACGAGGUGCUCACCAUCACUGGAGGAAGCAACGAAUUUGAAGAACAAAUUCCAAAAUUUUCUAUUGAGGAAAAUUUCGAAAACCUAAUGAUUAAUCUCAUUAGACCCAAACUGAGAGAGAUAAUUGAGUCUGCAUUGGAGGAGCCACAAAAAUAUUUGCGCAAUUCAAUCCUCGUACAGAAGUUAGGAACUGCCGGAAACUUCCAUCGCAUCCUAGGGCCAGCGUUGCCCAGGUUUUAUCAAAUUUACAAGGAUGCUCCAGUAAACAUAAAUCUUUGGGAUUUCUACACAGCGUUCAAACAGUCAUUGCUCAAGCGCGAAAUUGUGGAUGAGAUCGAAGAGAACUACAAAGCAUACCAACCAACUCUCAACCCAAUUCUUGGUGAAUAUGUCUCAAAGCUCAGAAACUCCGAGGAAGCAUGGGAUAAGAUGACAUUCUCAUGGUUCAUCCAAAGUUGCUAUGAGCUUAGCUCGAUGGGAUUCAUGAGAGAUAAGUCGAAAGGAAACUACAUGGAGAAGAUGAUAUGGAGAAAUCUUUAA